CAUUUGAACCUUUCUUUUUCAGGCUUUCCCUCCCUCUCCCUGGCAGACCAGAUGAGUCUACUGCAGAGCGGCUGGAUGGAGAUCUUGAUCCUGCGGGUGGUGUUCCGCUCGCUGGCCCUGGAGGACAAGCUGGUGUAUGCUGAGGACUACAUCAUGGACGAAGAGCAGUCCAAGCUGGCAGGUCUGCUCGACCUUAACAACGCCAUCCUGCAGCUGGUGAAGAAGUACAAAACCAUGGGGCUGGAGAAGGAGGAGUUUGUGGUCCUCAAGGCCAUAGCGCUCUCUAACUCAGACUCCAUGCAAAUUGAGGACUCGGAGGCAGUUCAGAGACUCCAGGAUGUCCUUCAUGGGGCCCUCCAGGAUUACGAGGCCGCCCACCACCCGGAGGACCCUCGGCGUGCGGGCAAACUGAUCAUGACCCUCCCUCUCCUGCGUCAGACAGCUGCCCGUGCCGUCCAGCACUUCUGCAGCAUCAAACAGGACGGCCGCGUGCCGAUGCACAAACUCUUCCUCGAACUGCUGGAGGCCAAAGCCUGACCCCGAACACAGCUUCAUCCUCCUGACCUCCGGUGCAGAGGUCGGGGUGAGAGGAAGUGAAGGAUAACGGGUAACAGUGGGGUUUAACGCCAUGUAUUUGUCCAUUUCAGCUUGCAUUUGACUGUAUUGUUUCAAAUUUGCAAUUGCCAGAAAGCAGCUGGAGUACUUUUUAGAGCUGCACCCCCCCCCUCCCCCCUCCACCCCUCCUAUUUCCAAUGAACAUUUGGGAAAAAAAACCAGUCAUAUUCGCAUUUUAGUGUCUUUGGCGCCAUGGACGUUGUCAUCUGUGCUGUGUGUGACACUUAUUUAAAUGUGUUGACCUGCAUCGGAAGCAGAGGACAGACAGUUUAAAGCAGAGGAAAUCGCCUUCUAGAGAUAUUUAAACUUUCAUGCCAAAAGUAGAGCUUCUUUCAUCAAAUGACCACCUGAUACUUGAAGAUCCUCGUGGAUUAUUUCUCUCCCUCCCCCUCCCACCCCCUAUCUUGAAGCCUGUUAAUAUGCAUUCUAGUGCAUUUAGAGAAGCCUUUUUUCAUAAUGAGACUUCAUUUGUCCUUUUGUAUAGAAAACGUCAUGUGUCCUGAGAGGUACAGUAAAGUCUUGCCAAAGAGUAAAGACUCAUACUAUUGAAUAAUACCAGCAAACGUCCACAGCAUUAUAACGUGGCCUCUACGACAUUCACUUAACGUAUACAUCCCGCUCUAGAAUCUAUCUAUCUAUCCAGUCACUACACAGUAUAUAUGAAUAAUCAAAGAAUCAGAAUCUCGUCACACAAUAACCUGAUUUUAGCAGAACAUUUCAGGGACUUAACAUGUCAUGAUACAGCGGUACUACAGCAAUGUGAUAUUUAUUUAAAAGUGUCUCUUGUUCUUUUGCUGUUUUUAUUUCCUAUUGAAGCAAUGACAGUGGAUUUUUCUUUUUCUUUUUAAGAUUUUUAAACGAUACCAUUGUAAGAUAUUUUUUUAUUAGCUUCUCCGCUGCAGCACUGAUAACCUACUGUACGUAAAACCAUAUCACGAGAUUCGAGACGACAUGAUCAUAAGUGGAGUCUUGUACUUGAAUUUAAAGAUCCAUAACGUUGUAGGGUUGUGAACACCCAUAGAUAUAACUUUAACUAUGUAAAAAUGGCUGCCAUACUGUAUAAUCCGGAUUAGGGAGGCACUUGAUAUCCUUUCUAUGGUAGAAAUCUGUGUGUAGGAUAAAAACGUGUGCACUACUUUUGCUUUUUUUAGCCAGAAAGUUUUGGGGGAAGUGUAGGGGGGUGACACUGUGUAAAUCUAGUGUGUUUAGUGUGAAGAGUUUUUCCUUUUCUGCACAUAUUAAAUGAAGGGAUUCAAUUUCGAAGGAGUUUUAAAUUUGCAGAAAGCCGUGCCCCCUCGUUCUACUCCUUAAUGCAAGGUACUGUGAUGUCCAUAUUCUUUGGUGAGGGCAGCACUAUGGCAGGUUAAAUGUAUGUUGUGUACUUUUUUGCUGUAUAUACAUCAUGUCCUCCUAUGCCAACAGAGAUGUUUGAAGAUGCAAAUAAGCUGUGUUUGGAUGAGUUGUGCCGUGCUAUUUCAUUCUCAGGUGGAUUCUUGGGCAAUAAAGAUGUUCCCCAUAAUGCAAAGCUCA